UACAAUAAACUAGGAUCCCAACCCUUGUCUCUUAACUUGGUGUAACAAAGGAAUCAGCUGAUGAUGGCAUAUUAUAAGUAGCAGAGCUAUUUGGCGAUGAAGGGCGAGGCGCAUGCUCCGUGCUGUAGUUGCGAGUAAAAUCAAUAGGGGCUGGUAACCCCGACGGAGUGGUUGCGAAACCCGUGGUUGUCGGAGCUGUCCCCCGAGGGUCACGGAGAGCAGGCAGUGGCGGUGGACAGUGACUCAGGUGGCGCGGGGGGCGUCGGCCUCACCGUGAGUAGCAAGGUAUACCCGAGUGGGGGGGCGGCGCGCGGCGUGUGGGCGCUGCCGCAGCCGCCCCCCUGCACUAUGGCGGCGGACGAGCCCCCCUGCUCGCCGGUCUCGCCGGACUCCCACCCCGCGCCGCCCCGCGCGCCCCCCGGCCUGCACUUCUCCGAUGUGCAGCUCAUCUUCGAGGCGGUACGCUCCGGCGAGGUGAGCGAGACGGAGCGUGCGGUGGAGAAGCUGGGCGUGGCGGCGCUGGCGGGGCGGGACCCGCACGGAUACACGCCGGCGCACUGGGCCGCGCUGGACGGCAGCGUCGCCGUCAUGCGCUACCUGCUGGAGCGCGGCGCGCCUGUCGACCUCUCCUGCCUGGGCACGCAGGGUCCACGGCCGAUCCACUGGGCGUGCCGCAAGGGUCACGCGUCCGUCGUGCAGGUGCUGCUGCAGGCCGGUGUGGCCGUCAACGCCGUCGACUUUAAAGGUCUGACGCCGCUGAUGACGGCGUGCAUGUACGGCAAGACGGCGACGGCGGCGUACCUGCUGGGCAUGGGCGCCGCGACGCAGCUUGCCGACAUCAACGGCGACGCCGCGCUGCACUGGGCCGCGUACAAGGGUCACGCGGACGUGGUGCGCCUGCUGAUCUACUCGGGGGUGCCGCUGCACCGCGCUGACAACUUCGGCUCCACGCCGCUGCACCUCGCCUGUCUCUCCGGGAACCUCACCUGCGUCCGCCUGCUCGCUGAGAAGGUAAAAGCAGAGCUGGAGCCGCGCGACAAGAACGGCAAGACGCCGCUGAUGCUGGCGCAGGCGCACCGCCACACGGAGGUGGUGGCACUGCUGCAGAAGGAGCUGAAGCGGCGCGCGCACCCGCUGCAGCUGUCCGAGCUGUGGGCGCUGCUGUUCGGAGGCGCCGGCGACAGUAAGGGCCCGCUGCUGUUCUUCCUCGUCUCCGUGCUGCUCUGGGGGUACCCCAUGUACAUCAUACGGUGCAUCCCGCUGACGUGGAACACGCUGCGGCUGUCGCACUACUGCUUCCUGUACUGGAACGGCAUAAUGUGGCUGAGCUGGGUGGUGGCGAACCGGCGCGACCCCGGCUACCUGCCGCGCAACUCGGACACCUACCACCGCGCCAUCCGCCGCAUCCCCUACUACGACAAGUGGCGGCGGCGCGACGCGCUGCUGGCGCGGCUGUGCCACACGUGCCGCUGCCUGCGCCCGCUGCGCGCCAAGCACUGCCGCGUGUGCCGCCGCUGCGUCGCCUACUUCGACCACCACUGCCCCUUCAUCUACAACUGCGUCGGCGUCCGCAACCGCAUGUGGUUCCUGCUGUUCGUGGCCAGCGUCGCCAUCAACUGCUCGCUGUCCAUCUACUUCGCGUGCUACUGUCUGCUGCUAGAGGGCUUCGGGCUGCUGUACCUGCUGGGGCUGGUGGAGGCGGUGACGUUCUGCGCGCUGGGCUGGGCGCUGACGUGCACGUCGGUGCUGCACGCCUGCAUGAACCUCACCACCAACGAGAUGUUCAACUACAAGCGCUACGGCUACCUGCGCGACCGCCGCGGUCGCUACCAGAACCCCUUCUCGCGCGGCCCGCUGCUCAACCUCGUCGAGUUCUUCGUGUGCGUGCCCGACCGCCUCGACGAUGCCGACGUCUUCUACGAGGAGGGCUUGUGAUGGCCGGACGGCGGCGGGGGUGGCGGCGGCGGCGCGGGGGGCGGGGCCGGCUGGCCGCGCGCGCCGGGUCGCCCGCACGAGCUGCGCCUGCACAAGCAGUGACGCCGCCCCCUCCGCCCCACCGCGAUCACCCAGCUAGAGCGCAGUCUUUGAAAAAUAAUA